UGCACCGGCUUCGCCCAGCGAGAGCAGGACCCUGCGCGGGCACAGGGUGCCGGGCACACCAUGGCCGACGCAGACGAAGGCUUUGGCUUGGCGCACACACCCCUGCAAACUGAAUCAAAGGAUCUACCCUGCGACUCCAAGCCCGAGAGCUCCCUGGGGGCCCCCAGCAAGUCCCCGGCGUCCCCGCAGGCCGCCUUCACCCAGCAGGGCAUGGAAGGGAUCAAGGUGUUUCUCCACGAAAGAGAACUGUGGCUGAAAUUUCACGAAGUAGGCACGGAAAUGAUCAUAACCAAGGCUGGGAGGCGGAUGUUUCCCAGUUACAAAGUGAAGGUGACCGGCCUUAAUCCCAAAACGAAAUACAUUCUCCUCAUGGACAUCGUUCCAGCCGAUGACCACAGAUACAAGUUCGCAGAUAAUAAAUGGUCUGUGACGGGCAAAGCGGAGCCCGCUAUGCCGGGCCGUCUCUACGUGCACCCGGAUUCGCCAGCCACCGGAGCGCACUGGAUGCGGCAACUGGUCUCCUUCCAGAAACUCAAGCUCACCAACAACCACCUGGACCCAUUUGGGCAUAUUAUUCUAAAUUCCAUGCACAAAUACCAGCCCAGAUUACACAUUGUGAAGGCGGAUGAAAAUAAUGGAUUUGGCUCAAAAAAUACUGCGUUCUGCACCCACGUCUUUCCUGAGACAGCCUUUAUCGCGGUGACUUCCUACCAGAACCACAAGAUCACCCAAUUAAAGAUUGAGAAUAAUCCCUUUGCCAAAGGAUUCCGGGGCAGCGAUGACAUGGAACUGCACAGAAUGUCAAGAAUGCAAAGUAAAGAAUAUCCUGUGGUUCCCAGGAGCACCGUAAGACAAAAAGUAGCCUCCAACCACAGUCCUUUCAGCAGUGAGCCUCGAGCUCUCUCUGCCUCAUCCAACUUGGGGUCCCAGUACCAGUGCGAGAAUGGUGUGUCCGGCCCCUCCCAAGACCUCCUGCCCCCACCCAACCCAUACCCACUGCCCCAGGAGCACGGUCAGAUUUACCAUUGCACCAAGAGGAAAGAUGAAGAAUGUUCCACCACAGACCAUCCCUACAAGAAGCCCUACAUGGAGACGUCGCCCAGCGAGGAGGACCCUUUCUACCGCUCGGGCUACCCCCAGCAGCAGGGCCUGAGCGCCUCCUACCGGACAGAGUCCGCGCAGCGGCAGGCCUGCAUGUACGCCAGCGCGCCACCCAGCGAGCCGGUGCCCAGCCUGGAGGACAUCAGCUGCAACACGUGGCCCAGCAUGCCGUCCUACAGCAGCUGCACGGUCACCACGGUGCAGCCCAUGGACCGGCUCCCCUACCAGCACUUCUCGGCCCACUUCACCUCGGGGCCCCUGGUCCCCCGGCUGGCCAGCAUGGCCAACCACGGCUCCCCGCAGCUCGGGGACGGAAUGUUCCAGCACCAGACCUCCGUGGCCCACCAGCCUGUGGUCAGGCAGUGUGGGCCUCAGACUGGCCUGCAGUCCCCCGGUGGCCUGCAGCCCUCCGAGUUCCUCUAUUCUCACGGCGUGCCAAGGACCCUGUCCCCACACCAGUACCACUCCGUGCAUGGCGUUGGCAUGGUGCCAGAGUGGAGUGAAAACAGCUAAAGAGAGGCCUGCUUCCUCACAGACAGUUGCUAGAGAGAGAGGAGAGAGAGAACGAGAGAGAGAGAGAGAGAGAGAAUGUGCGGGAGAGGAGGAGAGAGACAGUAGCAGAGAGAACCCCACGGACGACAUUUUUCAUUUCAGUGUUCACGUCUGCACUCGAGAGCCCCGGGCGCUGAUCUAAUCAGCCGCUUGAAACCACAAUUCAAAAAAUGUGACUUUGUUGUUCGUCUCAAAACCAACCAAGAAAAGAUGAGCCCCCACCUGCCACGACCACCACCCUCAUCGGCUGGCCAUGUUCACACCACCUCCAGAUGUCCUCCGUGAUUCCUUCUUUUGGUCUCCAGAAAGCCUUGCCUUAUUGAGUGUUUUGGCUGAAUGGCAUAGUCGGAGUCUUCCCUGUCUUGGUGUUAAUGUUGACAUUGUUAUAUUAAUAAAUAAUAAUAUAUUUUUUUCUUUCAAUUUUCUUAAUGGGACCCAGUCCCUUAUUUUUGGGGGAGGUCUGAGGCAAGUGUGUUUCAAAAUAUGUACUUGUGGGGUUCCCCCUCAAAUAUACCACCCCUGAAACCUAAAUUUACCACCCUGCCCUUGACUAAGGAAUGACCUACCUCUGUUCUGUGACGUUCCCGAAAAGUUCCCUACGUCCCGGCUUUUGUCCGAUUUUUCCUUCCUUGCCCAUCAUAACGGAGCCCAGUGUGGCCCUCUCCUUAUAAUGUUGUCCUCCAUCUGGCCUCCUAUCUCCCUCGGCCCUCCUGUCUUCCCAGCUCUGUGUCUUUCCAGCCGUCUGUCGCUGAAACGUGGCCUAUAGCUUCCCGACCGGAAAGCUUGCUUUGAAAAACUUGAAAAGCCCUGGUUUACAUGUGGGCAGAACUGUGAUAAAGCAGGGAGCAAAUUCUGUGCUGACAAGCGUUGCAAAAAGGCCAAAAUAAAUAUUGGUCCUGAUAAAACACAAAGCCAGCCCCAAGCUUCCAAACCUCCAUCACCGACGACCCGCCCCGGAUGCCCAGCAAAGCCCCACCGUUCCUACAGAAGAGGCCAGACGUGCUCGCCGAUUGGUUCUCGCCAAAGAAAUCACACCGACACCAGAGGCCGACACAAAACUGUGGUUAUUGAAAGCAGAAAACAGUAUAAAAAAAUAAGCAUGUAAGUAAAAUGUUAUUGCAGGGUUCUUCAGAUGUAAUAUUUUACUGGUACUAUUUAUUUAUAAAUAGGAGUUCUAAUUAAGUAAUAACAUGAAAUGAAAUCCAGCAUGGGAGCUGGCCAAGAGCUUUUAAUUUUAUUAAUACUCAAAACCAAGUUUGCGUUUGUUUGUUUUUUUUUUUCCUUUCGAAUGUGCUUUGCUUUCUUGAUUAAAAAAAAAAUUUUUUUUAACUGACCCUAAUAAAGAGAACAGGGUAAUAUGUGAGGCUAAGUGUGUCCCAGUACGUGCGAGUGUGUGACUAUGUUUGCACGUGAGUGUCUUCAUGCGAUUAUGUCUUUUUAUGUUGCUAAGGGGUGGGGUGAGGAUUAAGUACUCGUUUCGUAUA